CCCCGAUACAUUCGUUUCGAUACCGAUUCUAGAAUGACGUCUCUGACGGGGACAGUACCGCGGAUGAUGCGACCUAAUCCAGGUCAGAAUUACAGCAGGGCCGGAUUCCCAUUAGAAGUGUCGACGCCUCUGGGCCAGGGCAGAGUUAACCAGUUGGGAGGAGUGUUUAUUAACGGCAGACCCUUACCGAAUCAUAUUCGACACAAAAUAGUGGAAAUGGCCCAUCACGGUAUCCGGCCCUGUGUCAUAUCCAGACAGCUGCGUGUCUCUCACGGCUGCGUUUCCAAAAUCCUGUGCCGCUACCAAGAGACUGGCUCUAUCCGGCCCGGGGCGAUCGGAGGCAGCAAGCCCAGGCAGGUAGCAACGCCUGAUGUAGAGAAAAAAAUCGAGGAGUACAAGAGAGACAACCCGGGGAUGUUUAGCUGGGAGAUCAGGGACAAGUUGCUGAAAGACGGGAUUUGCGACAGGAGCACCGUGCCUUCAGUGAGUUCCAUCAGUCGGGUGUUAAGAGCCAAGUUUGGAAAGAGAGAUGAUGACGAAGAAAUGGAGAAGAAAGAGGAAGAAGGGGGCAGAAAGACUAAACAUAGUAUUGAUGGAAUCCUCGGGGAGAAAGGUAACCGACUGGACGAUGGGGCCUCCGACGUGGAGUCAGAGCCGGACCUGCCUCUGAAGCGGAAGCAGAGGCGCAGUCGCACCACCUUCACCGCCGAGCAGCUGGAGGAACUGGAGAAAGCCUUCGAGAGGACCCACUACCCAGACAUCUACACCCGAGAGGAGCUAGCCCAGAGGACCAAGCUCACAGAGGCACGGGUCCAGGUGUGGUUCAGUAACCGCCGUGCACGGUGGCGCAAGCAGGCCGGAGCCAAUCAGCUGGCAGCCUUCAACCACCUGUUGCCGGGAGGUUUUGCGCCCACUGGAAUGCCAACCUUACCCCCAUACCAGUUGGCUGAGUCAUCGUACCCAUCGACCACCCUCUCCCAAGAUGGAGGGAGCACAGUCCACAGGCCCCAGCCACUGCCACCAUCGUCCAUGCACCAGAGCGGUCUGGCAGUCGCCGCGGAGAGCGCCUCCUACGGCCUGGCGUCCAAUCGGCACAGCUUCUCCAGCUACCCCGACAGCUUCAUGAACCCGACGGGACCCAACAACAUGAACCAGGUCAGCAAUGGACUCUCUCCACAGGUGAUGAGCAUCUUGAGCAACCCCGCAGCCGUCUCUACUCAGCCGCAGCACGACUUCUCCAUCUCGCCGCUGCACGGGAGCCUGGACACCUCCAACCCACUGUCCGCCAGCUGCAGUCAGCGCGCCGACUCCAUCAAGGCAGUGGAGAGCCUGCCCACCUCUCAGUCCUACUGCACGCCCGCCUACAGCACCUCUGGAUACAGCAUGGACCCCGUGCCCGGCUACCAGUAUGCCCAGUAUGGACAGAGUGCGGUGGACUAUCUGACCAAGAACGUGAGCCUGUCCACGCAGAGGCGGAUGAAGCUGAGCGAGCACUCGGCUGUCCUGGGAUUACUGCAGGUGGAGACGGGCCAAGCUUACUGAGAGCCGGCGGGCUCCGCGCAACGCCCCCGAGGGAACCUGUGGCCGGGCGAGCGGCCGUCUCUGACACCCCACCCGGCUGGACAAUUCCAGCCACCUCUCCAUCUCCGCCCUCCUCCAUCGGCGCCCCGCCAAACCCACCCGCCACACGUGUAUCUCCAGUCCCGGCCGAUGCUUGCAGCUUAGAAUCGCCCCUCUCCCGUAUAUACGGUACACUGGAAGCUCUGUAAGAGUGUAAACUUUUUUAAAUUGCUGUUCAAAUUGCAACCCCCCUCCCUCCCUCUUCCCCCUUGACCCGACACAAACUCAGAGCCCAGAGGCGGAGCUGUGACCCUUCCACCCCCCCACCCCGCCACCAAUUCCGUGGACACAUGGGCGCUGGACAAAGCAGGAGAGAAGUCCGGGGGUAACCUGCUGCAACGCCUCUUCUCGCCAGCCACGAAAUCCAAACUUCAGGCGUACGACGUCGGGGCAGUCCGUGCGCCGGCUGGCUUCGCCCAUCCAGGUAGCGACUGAGGUCCCCGCCGUGUCAGAGGAAGGUUCCGCUCCUUCAGCUGGAAGGGGAGAUUGUGGCUGAGAAGCGCCCGCUCUCCGGGAGCCUCCACUCCUGCCACAGAAUCUUCAGAUAGACUUCAGCAAGAAAGCGCCGUGCAGAGACACCCACAAACUGUGUGUUGGGACUGGGGGAGGGAGGGUGGGGUCGCAAGUAAACGUCUGUGAUUUGUAACUAUUUUUAAUUCUAAUGAAUGCAAAGUAUCAAUGGGGGGGGGG